UGCAGCCUGUUGGCUAACCUCCCCCCUGUCCUGUCCCCUGAACCGGACUAUCAACUGGACUUUACGAAUGCCUACCUCUUUAACCCGUACCUCGUGGAGUUUCGCCACUCGGAUACCAACAAAAAUCAAAGGAGAACGCGUAACCAAAUCGGAUAAGUUUUUUUUCUAAAUGUAUGUAGUUUUUUUGCCCCGUGGUGGGUACACAGACGAGGCAGGCCGGUGGAGGACGACAGGACGUAUGAUGUGGAUUUGGUAUCUUCUGCUUGGUUCGAGCUCGAGAAGCGUGGAGGCCCAGCUGCUCCCGGGGAAUAACUUCACCACAGAGUGUAACAUUCCCGGGAACUUCAUGUGCGGCGAUGGCAAGUGUGUCCCGGGCGGGUGGCAGUGUGACGGGCUCCCCGACUGCUUCGACAAGAGUGACGAGAAAGGCUGUCCCAAGGUCAAGCCCAAAUGCGCCCCCACUUUCUUCGCUUGCUCUACGGGCGGACACUGCAUCAUCGGACGUUUCCGCUGUAACGGCUUCAGCGACUGUCCGGACGGCAGCGAUGAGGAGAACUGCACAGGAAACCCUCUGGUGUGCACCGAAGCGCGCUUCAAAUGCCGCAAUGGCCGCUGUGUGGACCGCAGCUUCCUGUGUAACGGUCAGGACAACUGUCAGGACAACAGUGACGAGGAGCUCUGCCUCACCACUGCAGAGGCUCCAGGACAGGACUUUGUGACUCUGGACUACCGCCUGCGUUACUACCCCAGCAUCACGUACGCAGUCAUUGGCAGUGCUGUCAUCUUCGUCCUGGUUGUGGCUUUACUCGCUCUGGUCCUUCAUCACCAGAGGAAGAGGAGCGUGCUGCUUCCCAGAGGAGUACGAGGCAGCUCCCAUCACCACCAGCCCCUGCUCCUGUCUCGUCUGGUGAUCUUGGACCGCAUGUCCCCGAGCAGUGGUGCAGCCGUGGGCCAGUACAGCUCCACGCCCCAGGCCCUGCAGCUGCUGUCAGGGACGCUCUACCCAUCAGGAAUCUCACUGGACUCUCCUCCGUCGUACUCACAGGCUGUUCUGGACGCCAGCCGACCCCCAUGGUUUGACCUGCCCCCUCCUCCAUACAACCCAGACGGAGAGGUCCCAUCGGAGAGUGAGCUUCCCCAGUAUGAGGCGUCCCAGGACCCCAACUCAUCGCCGGAGUCUGCCCCAUGCACAUCCAGGACUGUCUCCAUGCCCACGGACACAAGGACUGACUCCAGACAAGAGGCCCAGCAGCCAUAGACAUUGUAAAUAAAUACAUAAAAAAAAACAUAUGUUAGACUGAGGACCAUAGACUGGGCAUUGUGGAACAAAAAAAAAAUGACUGAGAAGAAUGAGUGUUAUUGUAUGGCUCUGAGAAGCACUGGACUCAAUAUGCAAGACUGAAGUGGUGUGAUGGCGCCCUCUUCUGGAGGUGAGGCAGAAUUACAAAACAUCUACAGAAACAUGUCUCCUAUACCUGUCAUUAUUGUUCCUUAUACAUUUGAGUAGCAUAGCGCUAUGUAAAGUGUAUGGAGAAAUGUUGUUAUUUAAGAAAAAUCUAGUAGAAAUUGUAACUGUUACUAAAAACAAUCUUUUACUGAAGAAAAUACUCAGUGUGAUAUAAGACUGAAUCUACAUAUUUGUUCUAAAUAUGUCACUUUUUCAAAUCGUAUCUUCCAUGGUUCAAAUACAGCAAUACUUAGGUCAGCAUUUCUUCAUGUUCUUCCUGAGAAUCGAUGUGACUAUACAAGAAUGUAUUCUUGAUAUAAACCAUCAGAGUAAAUUGAGUGUUUAAUUAUAAGAGUACAGUAAAACAUUGUAGAACAAAUUAUACUUAGCAUAAUUAGAAGAACUUCACAUUUCUGUAUUAAUGAGCCUCUCUUUUCUGUGAGUGAUUUAUACCCAAUGUUACUUAUUCAGAUUUGUAUAUGAUGAUCUUUAGCCCUCUUUGACUGUAAUAGAUCAAUUAUUUCUCGUUUUGUAACACUUUGAGGUACAAGAGCAGCUUAUGUUGAAAUACAUAUCAAUUUAUAGUACCGAGUAUUGAACUAAAUCCUUUUAAAUGCUAUGUCAAUCUUAGGGGAUGUUUUGUUACAAAAAUGCUCAAAUUUUGUUUGCAAAUGCAUAUGCAACCCAAUUUAAAUGUGCCUUUACUUUAUACUAACUUUAUAAUAGAAGGGUCAUGUGAACAUACUAAUGAUGUAAGAUUAUAACUACAUAAAUGUGUCACUUUACUGACCUCUUGUGGUUGCAGUUAGUAUCUUAUUUUUACCUACAUUUAGGGAUACCCUCUUGUAACAUACAGAUACGUUUGUAUCUGUUAUCAUUCCUAUAGUCUGUAUUGUAUUGGCCACAAACCUAUUACAUUUUGUAGAAGACAUUUGAGAUAUUUAUGUACUGGUCUAACCUCAAGUGCCUUCAUUUUGAUGGAUAUUAUAUUCGGGAGAUUUGGUGAGUUUCACAUUGGUCUUUUAAACCACUGACUUCUGUUGUUUAUUUCCCUGUGCAGCCUUUAGAGUACAGAAAACUGACUGAUGCCUUUAUCUGAAGGAACUGUGUUUGUGACUGUUUUUGUUCAACACUGUAAAUAGAAGCUAGCGUGCGGGUCAAGAGAUGUAUUUAAUAGAAUGAAUGUCUAUCAUUGUAAAUAUGAUUUUAUAUUAGUGAUAGCUGUUUCUGCUAAACAAUCACACCAAAGAUAAUCUUGUCUGAUCAUUUCAAAUCACUGUGUCGCAGUUUUCAUAUCAUCUCUUCAGCGGUAAACUGGAAAACAGCAUCAGGACCUGUUUUGCUCUGUCAAAACAUGCAAUAAUUUUUUCCAAAAUAUUAUGUUCAAAGUUUCUGUAUUGUACAUUUAAAGUAAUAUAAAAUUAUUCAUCUGUCAUUUGUCCAUGUGUUUCAUUUACUGAGAAGGUGUGUGUACAGUGAAGCAUCCAGUGGAUAUUGUUAGAUUUAUGAUAACAAGAUUUACAGUAUUAAAAAUAACAAAAACAAACAAACAAACAAAAAAAGAAAGAAACAUAAUUUAAGGUCCUAUAUUAUGCAAAAAAUAUUAGUGUAAUGUUAUAAUCCUUAUAAUGUC